AUGGCGAGAAAACAGACAGUGCAGCGGCCCAGUCUCGCCAGCCUCGUCUUCUUGGCAGGGGCAGCUUCGGGAACUUCCUUGUCUCUGUCCAACUUCCAAAGCCUGACUUCAUCGGUAUCCGUCCAAUGCCUCUACGCCUACAAUCUGCCCAUUCGGGGAUGCAGCCUCAGCGAUUUCAGCGGCGGCGCGACAUGUUCUGAAAGCUGCAUCGCAGGAUUGCAAGCGGUGCAAUUUUCUGUGCAAGGGUUGUGCACCAACAUCAACGCUGCCCCAAAAUCUCUUAUCGUGGAGGUCAAGGAAGGCCAUAUUCUUGACGUUCUCUGCAAAACGGAUGCAAAAUCAAAGAUCACCACAUCCACGCCCACCCCUCCUCCAACAAAGACUCCGCCACCACCUCAAACAUCAUCCGAACCUAAGAGGACAACUAGCACAACCAGCACAACUAGCAUUCAAACAUUGACAACAUCGUCUGUCCCUUCUACAACAGUCACAGCAACAGUUACAACGGCAGUUACAAGUGCGAUACCUACCACCCUCACAUCAGUGAUGAUACCUAGCUCAACGAGCGAGUCAACAACCGAAGCCACCGAAGCUGCAACUUCUCAGGCCACGAACGACGAUCAACCGACGUCCACAAGCGAAGAGCAGCCGAAGCCAACGCGUAGGCCCAAUACACAGCCAGGCAGCGGUGGGGGGAGCCCAUUUGACUUUGUCGCCAGCAGCAAAGGACCAGGAUUCGGGCUCACUAGGGCCUCCAUCACAAUGGCUAUUGCCAUCACUUUCACGACACUAACGCUUAUAUGA